GUCGUGGGGCGGGGCUUGGCGGCGGCGGCGGCGGCGCGCGAGGACUCGGAGGUACUGGGCGCGCGCGGCUCCGGCUCGGGACGCCUCGGGGUCGGGCUCCGGCUGCAGCUGCUGCUGCGGCGCCCGCGCUCCGGUGCGCUCCGCCUCCUGUGCCCGCCGCGGAGCGCAGUCUGCGCGCCCGCCGUGCGCCCUCAGCUCCUUUUCCUGAGCCCGCCGCGAUGGGAGCUGCGCGGGGAUCCCCGGCCAGACCCCGCCGGUUGCCUCUGCUCAGCGUCCUGCUGCUGCCGCUGCUGGGCGGGACCCUGUGGCCAGAGCUGAACUAUAAUGGUGAAGGAAGGGGAAUGACUUCAAGUGGAACUCUGGAACCACAUGGCUCUCCUCUUAACACAGAGAAGCUGACCUUGGCCACAGAUGGAUUUUCAGGGAUAAAGAACAGGACAUGGGGCCGGGUGCGGUGGCUCACGCCUGUAAUCCCAGCACUUUGGGAGGCCGAGGCGGGCGGAUCACGAGGUACCCAGACAGCCAUUGUCUUCAUCAAGCAGCCGUCCUCCCAGGAUGCACUGCAGGGGCGCCGGGCGCUGCUUCGCUGUGAGGUUGAGGCUCCGGGCCCGGUACAUGUGUACUGGCUGCUCGAUGGGGCCCCUGUCCAGGACACGGAGCGGCGUUUCGCCCAGGGCAGCAGCCUGAGCUUUGCAGCUGUGGACCGGCUGCAGGACUCUGGCACCUUCCAGUGUGUGGCUCGGGAUGAUGUCACUGGAGAAGAAGCCCUCAGUGCCAACGCCUCCUUCAACAUCAAAUGGAUUGAGGCAGGUCCUGUGGUCCUGAAGCAUCCAGCCUCGGAAGCUGAGAUCCAGCCACAGACCCAGGUCACACUUCGUUGCCACAUUGAUGGGCACCCUCGGCCCACCUACCAAUGGUUCCGAGAUGGGACCCCCCUUUCUGAUGGUCAGAGCAACCACACAGUCAGCAGCAAGGAGCGGAACCUGACGCUCCGGCCAGCUGGUCCUGAGCAUAGUGGGCUGUAUUCCUGCUGCGCCCACAAUGCUUUUGGCCAGGCUUGCAGCAGCCAGAACUUCACCUUGAGCAUUGCUGAUGAAAGCUUUGCCAGGGUGGUGCUGGCACCCCAGGACGUGGUAGUAGCGAGGAAUGAGGAGGCCAUGUUCCAUUGCCAGUUCUCAGCCCAGCCACCCCCGAGCCUGCAGUGGCUCUUUGAGGAUGAGACUCCCAUCACUAACCGCAGUCGCCCCCCACACCUCCGCAGAGCCACAGUGUUUGCCAACGGGUCUCUGCUGCUGACCCAGGUCCGGCCACGCAAUGCAGGGAUCUACCGCUGCAUUGGCCAGGGGCAGAGGGGCCCACCCAUCAUCCUGGAAGCCACACUUCACCUAGCAGAGAUUGAAGACAUGCCGCUAUUUGAGCCACGGGUGUUUACAGCUGGCAGCGAGGAGCGUGUGACCUGCCUUCCCCCCAAGGGUCUGCCAGAGCCCAGCGUGUGGUGGGAGCACGCGGGAGUCCGGCUGCCCACCCAUGGCAGGGUCUACCAGAAGGGCCACGAGCUGGUGUUGGCCAAUAUUGCUGAAAGUGAUGCUGGUGUCUACACCUGCCACGCGGCCAACCUGGCUGGUCAGCGGAGACAGGAUGUCAACAUCACUGUGGCCACUGUGCCCUCCUGGCUGAAGAAGCCCCAAGACAGCCAGCUGGAGGAGGGCAAACCCGGCUACUUGGAUUGCCAGACCCAGGCCACACCAAAACCUACAGUUGUCUGGUACAGAAACCAGAUGCUUAUCUCAGAGGACUCACGGUUCGAGGUCUUCAAGAAUGGGACCUUGCGCAUCAACAACGUGGAGGUGUACGAUGGGACAUGGUACCGUUGUGUGAGCAGCACCCCAGCCGGCAGCAUCGAGGCGCAAGCCCGUGUCCAAGUGCUGGAAAAGCUCAAGUUCACACCACCACCCCAGCCACAGCAGUGCAUGGAGUUUGACAAGGAGGCCACGGUGCCCUGUUCAGCCACAGGCCGAGAGAAGCCCACUAUUAAGUGGGAACGGGCAGAUGGGAGCAGCCUCCCAGAGUGGGUGACAGACAAUGCUGGGACCCUGCAUUUUGCCCGGGUGACUCGAGAUGAUGCUGGCAACUACACUUGCAUUGCGUCCAACGGGCCGCAGGGCCAGAUUCGUGCCCAUGUCCAGCUCACUGUGGCAGUUUUUAUCACCUUCAAAGUGGAACCAGAGCGUACAACUGUGUACCAAGGCCACACAGCCCUACUGCAGUGCGAGGCCCAGGGGGACCCCAAGCCGCUGAUUCAGUGGAAAGGCAAGGACCGCAUCCUGGACCCCACCAAGCUGGGACCCAGGAUGCACAUCUUCCAGAAUGGCUCCCUGGUGAUCCAUGACGUGGCCCCUGAGGACUCAGGCCGCUACACCUGCAUUGCAGGCAACAGCUGCAACAUCAAGCACACGGAGGCCCCCCUCUAUGUCGUGGACAAGCCUGUGCCGGAGGAGUCGGAGGGCCCUGGCAGCCCUCCCCCUUACAAGAUGAUCCAGACCAUUGGGUUGUCGGUGGGUGCCGCUGUGGCCUACAUCAUUGCCGUGCUGGGCCUCAUGUUCUACUGCAAGAAGCGCUGCAAAGCCAAGCGGCUGCAGAAGCAGCCCGAGGGCGAGGAGCCAGAGAUGGAAUGCCUCAAUGGUGGGCCUUUGCAGAACGGGCAGCCCUCAGCAGAGAUCCAAGAGGAAGUGGCCUUGACCAGCUUGGGCUCCGGCCCCGCGGCCACCAACAAACGCCACAGCACAAGUGAUAAGAUGCACUUCCCACGGUCUAGCCUGCAGCCCAUCACCACGCUGGGGAAGAGUGAGUUUGGGGAGGUGUUCCUGGCAAAGGCUCAGGGCUUGGAGGAGGGAGUGGCAGAGACCCUGGUACUUGUGAAGAGCCUGCAGAGCAAGGAUGAGCAGCAGCAGCUGGACUUCCGGAGGGAGUUGGAGAUGUUUGGGAAGCUGAACCACGCCAACGUGGUGCGGCUCCUGGGGCUGUGCCGGGAGGCUGAGCCCCACUACAUGGUGCUGGAAUAUGUGGAUCUGGGAGACCUCAAGCAGUUCCUGAGGAUUUCCAAGAGCAAGGAUGAAAAAUUGAAGUCACAGCCCCUCAGCACCAAGCAGAAGGUGGCCCUGUGCACCCAGGUAGCCCUGGGCAUGGAGCACCUGUCCAACAACCGCUUUGUGCAUAAGGACUUGGCUGCGCGUAACUGCCUGGUCAGUGCCCAGAGACAAGUGAAGGUGUCUGCCCUGGGCCUCAGCAAGGAUGUGUACAACAGUGAGUACUACCACUUCCGCCAGGCCUGGGUGCCGCUGCGCUGGAUGUCCCCCGAGGCCAUCCUGGAGGGUGACUUCUCUACCAAGUCUGAUGUCUGGGCCUUCGGUGUGCUGAUGUGGGAAGUGUUUACACAUGGAGAGAUGCCCCAUGGUGGGCAGGCAGAUGAUGAAGUACUGGCAGAUUUGCAGGCUGGGAAGGCUAGACUUCCUCAGCCUGAGGGCUGCCCUUCCAAGCUCUAUCGGCUGAUGCAGCGCUGCUGGGCCCUCAGCCCCAAGGACCGGCCCUCCUUCAGUGAGAUUGCCAGCGCCCUGGGAGACAGCCCCGUGGACAGCAAGCCGUGAGGAGGGAGCCCGCUCAGGAUGGCCUGGGCAGGGGAGGACAUCUCUAGAGGGAAGCUCACAGCAUGAUGGGCAAGAUCCCUGUCCUCCUGGGCCCUGAGGCCCCUGCCCUAGUGCAACAGGCAUUGCUGAGGUCUGAGCAGGGCCUGGCCUUUCCUCCUCUUCCUCACCCCUCAUCCUUUGGGAGGCUGACUUGGACCCAAACUGGGCGACUAGGGCUUUGAGCUGGGCAGUUUUCCCUGCCACCUCUUCCUCUAUCAGGGACAGUGUGGGUGCCACAGGUAACCCCAAUUUCUGGCCUUCAACUUCUCCCCUUGACCGGGUCCAACUCUGCCACUCAUCUGCCAACUUUGCCUGGGGAGGGCUAGGCUUGGGAUGAGCUGGGUUUUUGGGGAGUUCCUUAAUAUUCUCAAGUUCUGGGCACACAGGGUUAAUGAGUCUCUUGGCCCACUGGUCCCACUUGGGGGUCUAGACCAGGAUUAUAGAGGACACAGCAAGUGAGUCCUCCCCACUCUGGGCUUGUGCACACUGACCCAGACCCACGUCUUCCCCACCCUUCUCUCCUUUCCUCAUCCUAAGUGCCUGGCAGAUGAAGGAGUUUUCAGGAGCUUUUGACACUAUAUAACCCGCCCUUUUUGUAUGCACCACGGGCGGCUUUUAUAUGUAAUUGCAGCGUGGGGUGGGUGGGCAUGGGAGGUAGGGGUGGGCCCUGGAGAUGAGGAGGGUGGGCCAUCCUUACCCCACACUUUUAUUGUUGUCGUUUUUUGUUUGUUUUGGUUUUUUUGUUUUUGUUUUUGUUUUUACACUCGCUGCUCUCAAUAAAUAAGCCUUUUUUACAA